AUGCAAGAUUUCUUAAAUGAACAAAAACAUUUGUUAUCUCUCAAGGUUAUUCGACAAUCAAAUCCCUUGUCUAUCGUCAACAAAGAAAAGAAUGACAAUGAUAAUAAUAAUAACACAUCAACAGACUCUUUAGAUCCAUUAAAUAACAAUACAUCAUCAAGUAUUGCAGAAUCGAAAGUUCGCACUAAAGAUUUAGAUUUUUUUGAAACUGAAUUAUUACCAUCAACAUCAUCCAAACCACUUGAUAAUAUCUAUUUAGGUGCAACUUUUAACAGUCAUUUUAUUAUCAGCAACGAUUCAUUUCAAUAUGCUCGUGAUAUAUCGAUCAAAGUAGAACUUCAGACAAAUUCACAACGUUUACUAUUAAUUGAUACGUCAACAGGCCCCGUUUCACUUCUUGACCCAAAAAAAUCAUGUGAAUUUAUUAUAAAGCAUGAAAUUAAAGAAUUAGGAAUUCAUAAUUUAACAUGCCUGAUUACUUAUUCAACAAUUGAAGGUGAAAGAAGACUUUUCACUAAAUUUUAUAAAUUCCAAGUUUUAAAUCCUUUUGCUGUUAAAACAAAAGUUAAUAAAAAUAAUAUUGAUGAAUCAAAUCAAUCAAAGGAUUUAAUAAAAAAAUCAAUUGAUUCAAUUCCUGAAAGUAUAUUUGGUGAUGGUAGUUAUUUAAAUCCACAAGAUAUUCGUCAAUAUUUGUAUAUGUUAACUCCAAAACCUACUAUUGAUGAUAAAACUGCAAGAUCUACAACUGCACUUGGUAAAUUAGAUAUUGUAUGGAGAUCAAACUUGGGCGAAACUGGCAGAUUACAAACAAGUCAAUUAGCACGCAAACCACCACUAUUGGAUGAAAUUGAACUUUCAGUUAUUUCAAUACCAUCAAUAAUUGAACUUGAAAUACCAUUUAAAUUAGGAUGUCGAUUGAGAAAUCGUACAUCUUCCACAUUAUCAGUUAUCAUAUCAUCUAUUAAAAACAAAACGGAAUCUGUUUUAAUUAGUGGUAUUUCAACAAUUCAACUAGGUGAACUAUCACCUGACGCUUAUAUUGAUUUUAACAUGGAAUUUAUUCCGUUAAGUCCAGGGUUACAAAAAAUUACUGGAAUAAAAAUUACUGAUAUAAUAUCUAAUUAUACAAAAGAAAUAGAUCAUUUCACAGACAUUUUCGUUUUAUUUUCCAAGUAA